AUGCCCUGCCUCCGCGGUAUUGAGGUCUCGCUGACCACCAAACCCGAGAACGAGCCGAUCCCUGAAUAUCCGCACCCUGAAGGUGUGUCAACUCGAAUUCUCGGAGCACUCACGAGCCGUACGAACGGCCAGGCGGUACAUCGCAAGGCCGGCCCGACCGUGGCAGUGUACAUACCGUCGAUACCAGGCACUCGAUUCGCCGUCAACUACAGCAUCAACAAUGCGCCGCCUGCCCCCUGCAAGUACAUUCUCUUCCGACUGUACAUAAACGCCCGUCCCAUUGCUGCCUGGGGAAUAGAUCCCGAUGCUCGGCCGAAGGGCAGGGUUGUGAAGUCGCUGUGGGCACCCCGCGCCCGAUACCAGGAUCAAAUCGGAUUCGAGGGUCGCAACUAUGUGUUUCUUCCUGACCAGCCGCACAAGUCCGUGGCCGAGGACGGCGGUCAUAUCGAGAUACAGGUGUUCCGGGCCCAGGAGAGGCGUGCUCGGGCACCGAGGUUGGAAGAGUUCGGCUUCCAAGAGAAUGACGGUAUUGCCUCGCCCACCAUUGGUCUUCUCGACGAGCCUCAUAAUGCGUGCUUCCACGACUGGCAUCUCCUGGACGCAAAGGACUCGCCGUAUGCCCGCUUUAGGUUGCACUACCGCUCAUGGCAGAAUCUCAAGCAGCUCAACCUCAUCCCGUCAUCUGAGCUAGAGCUUCUCUGCUCCCACUCGCCGAAGGCCCUCAGACUGAUCGCCAAGAUGGAAGCCGCCUUGGAGGUGUCGGGUGAUGAUGAUGAUGAUCCGGAGAAACAUUCGUCUCCAUCCGGGAACUCGGACGAAGCCGUGUUUGACGAUUGCCAAGAGGAACCCGAUGGGAGUGACGGAAGAGACAGGGAGACACCAUUCUGUUUCCUCAAGAAGCCGCCCGAGAUAUUCCCGGCUGUAUCGUCCGGUUUCCGGAUUCCUCAGCCAAGUAAGGCGCUGCGCGAUGCAUCCCGCGAGUCGUACCUGCAGCGGCCCCUCCCGGAGCUACCUGUCGAGGAGCCGAUCAGGGACUCGAGACGAUCUUCUGCGGCCUCCGCGGUAUCGUCCACCCUGUCGAUAACACCGUCGCUUCUGCAGUAUGUCGACGAAGAGUCCAUCAACCCCGACGAGAUCGAGGUUGGCGUGGCACAGCUUGUUGAGCUCCCACCGUCCGAGUCGUCUCUCCGUAUCGUUCCAGAUGAAGAACCCAACCAUGCGGACAACUCCAUAUCGGACUACGAGACCUCUUCUAAGUCAACACGCGACUCCUUUCUUGGAAAACUCUCGCCCGGCCGUUACUUGCCCAUGACCGGCAACGGGCUCGAGCGCGGUAUCGCGCUCUUCACAUCGCCGACACGGUCCAUAUUUUCAAGGGCUUCAAACGCCAGGCAGUACCUACCGAGCGAUCUCUGCUCUCCACGAGGCCAAUCACAACUGGACGGAGCCACUUUGAGAGACACGAACUACGUGGCCGGGAGUCCAUCCGCAGCCCGAAGCACGGCUGACAAGGACCCUUCCCGGCGCGAGUCUAGUCCCUCGAUAGGCAGAGGCGCUGGCAUGUCGCUGUUUGCGGGACUACGCAAGAAGAAAGCCACUGAGUCGCCGAGUAAACCCACAGGCAUGCGUCUUGGUCGCGACAAUCGCAACCUGGCGGAUAGCGGUAGAAUUGUCAAGCGAACUAUUGGGAGCUGGAUGUGA